AUGCGAGGCCCGACUAUCAUCAAAGCAGAGGAUGACAAGACCAGAAGUCUGAAUAAGCACACCCUUAUGGCUUUCUCUGGAGAGGCAGGAGACACCAUUCAAUUCGCCGAUUACAUCCAAGCAAACGUUCAACUGUAUACGAUGCGCAAUGACACCGAGCUCAGCACCCCUGCUGUAGGCAAUUUCAUCCGAGGAGAGUUGGCCCGCAGCUUGCGAUCACGAAGCCCGUACACAGUCAACCUGUUGCUGGGUGGUGUGGACCCUGCUACAGAGAAGCCUCACUUGUACUGGAUCGACUAUUUGGCUUCGUUGGCCCCUGUACCAUAUGCCGCCCAUGGUUAUGCCCAAUACUACUGCCUUUCUCUCCUCGACAAACAUCACAACCCUAACAUUUCCCUCGAAGAAGGCAUGAAACUCCUUGAAAUGUGCACAGAUGAGCUCAAGCGUCGGCUACCAAUUGACUACAAGGGGGUACUGGUGAAGGUGGUGACAAAGGAUGGCGUGAAAGAGGUAGACUUUGAUAACGACAGGAUCGCUCGGGCUGCGUAA